AUGUCGCCAGUGGAGAACCAACCUCAAUGCAAUGUGGUGGACGAACAGAGUCUCCCCGCGCCGCCCCCGAGGAUAGAAGUGACACAGCCAAGAGUAUCCCCGCCGAUGGACCCUCAGCGACCGCACACCAUCGCUGAUACAACUCCUCGGAUGCGAGGUGGCGACCGCAGCCGGUGUUGCCCGGGACGCUUUUGUUUCUGCGUCCCGUGCCCCCUACCUUGCGACUGUUGCAUUAUCUGA